UGCGCCGCGAGGGCCGCUGGGACGGGUCUCCCUGGCGAUCCGCGGUGUGCUGCUGCUGCUGCUGCUGCUGCUACUGCUGCCGCCGCCGCUCCGGAGCUGGUGCUGCGGUGACGCCAGUCUUCCUCCUGUCUUCCUCGAGCUCCCCGGGGUUUGAUCCCCGGGGCCCUCGGCAGGCAUUUGGGAGGAGCCCGCGGAACAAGCCUGCGUUCUUACACUUGCUCUUCACGACCCCGUAUCGCGACUCCGGGGACGAGGAGCGAGAGGGGCUGUCGCGACUCCGCACCGUGUGUCGCCGGGCGGGGCCGCGGGGCCGGGGCUCCUCCAGUCCCCGGGAUGCGCGCGAGAGCCCUCGCCUCCACUUCCUUGUUGCCGCUGUCACGACUGGAGCCGCUUCUCGCCGACAGCGGGGAGCGCAGGUGCACCCGCCAGCCCUCUGGUCGAGCCCCAGGACCGGGCGCCUCCGGGAAUGUGAGCCGCGCGGCUGGCACGCUCCUCUGGCCAUGGAUGCAUCAUUUGAUGGUACUGAGGUAACUGUCGUGAUGGAGGAAAUUGAGGAAGCCUACUGUUAUACCUCCCCUGGGCCACCCAAAAAGAAGAAAAAGUAUAAAAUACAUGGAGAAAAGGCCAAGAAACCCAGGUCUGCUUACCUUCUGUACUAUUACGACAUCUACCUGAAAGUGCAGCAGGAGCUCCCCCACCUCCCUCAGUCUGAAAUCAAUAAGAAGAUUAGUGAGAGUUGGAGGCUUCUCAGCGUGGCCGAGAGAAGUUACUACUUGGAGAAAGCCAAACUAGAGAAAGAAGGUUUGGAUCCUAACUCUAAGCUCUCUGCACUGACUGCUGUGGUUCCGGACAUUCCAGGUUUCCGAAAGAUCCUACCCCGCUCAGAUUACAUCAUCAUCCCUAAGAGUAGCCUGCAGGAGGACCGGAGCUGCCCUCAGCUUGAGCUGUGUGUGGCUCAGAACCAGAUGUCCCCCAAAGGACCUCCUCUUGUGUCCAGUGCUGCCCCGGAGACAGUACCCAGCCAUGCAGGCGUGGCAGAGCAGUGCCUGGCUGUGGAGGCCCUGGCUGAGGAGGUGGGAGCCCUUACUCAGCAAGGUCCUGUACAGGAGAUGGCCACCUCAGAAAUCCUCAGCCAGGAUGUGCUCCUAGAGGAGGCAUCCCUAGAGGUAGGGGAGAGCCACCAACCUUACCAGACAAGCCUGGUGAUUGAAGAGACCUUAGUGAACGGCUCACCGGACUUUCCCACUGGAAGCCUGGCUUUGCCUCACCCCCAGGUUGGGGAGAGUGUGUCCGUGGUAACAGUCAUGAGGGAUUCCAGUGAGAGUAGCUCCUCUGCACCAGCCACACAAUUCAUCAUGUUGCCUCUACCUGCCUACUCAGUUGUGGAGAACCCUACCUCCAUCAAACUGACUACUACAUACACCCGCCGGGGCCAUGGGACAUGUACCAGCCCAGGUUGCUCCUUUACAUAUGUCACCAGGCACAAACCACCUAAGUGCCCUACAUGUGGUAACUUCCUAGGAGGAAAGUGGAUCCCAAAGGAGAAGCCUGCCAAAGUUAAAGUAGAAUUGGCUCCUGGUGUCUCUUCCAAAGGCUCUGUGGUUAAAAGAAGUCAACAGCCCGUCACCACUGAGCAAAAUUCCUCCAAGGAAAAUACCUCCAAACUGACUCUGGAGAAUUCAGAAGCUGUAAGCCAGCUCCUAAGUGUAGCUCCUCCAAGAGAAGUGAGUAAGGAGAUGGAGUGGGAAGAAGUGAUCAUCUCUGACGCUCAUAUUUUGGUCAAGGAAGCUCCUGAGAACUGUGGCACAACAGUCACUAAGAUGCCAGUUGUGAAAAGCGUGCAGCCCACCCUGGGGACAACUGAGAAUGAUUGUCCUGGAGCAGACAUACUACCACCAACUGAGAGAACUAGCAUCUCCAUUUCACUCCCUCCUCCUAAAAAAACUGCAGGAGUUGACCUGCUCACCUCUGGGCCCAGAGCUUCAGAGAUUAAAGGCAGAGCACGGGGCAAGCCCUCAUUACUGGCUGCAGCAAGACCCAUGAGAGCAAUUCUGCCAGCUCCAGUUAAUGUGGGGAGAGGCAACGCCAUGGGACUGCCCAGGGCUAGGCAGGCCUUUUCCCUGAAUGAUAAGACUCCCUCUCUGAGGACUUGUGGCCUAAAGCCAAGCACGCUGAAGCAGCUGGGCCAGCCUAUUCAGCAGCCAUCUAGCACUGGAGAGGUAAAGCUACCAAGUGGCCCAUCCAACAAGACACCUCAGGUGAAAGUUGUAGAGGUCAAGCCUGACAUGUUUCCUCCAUAUAAGUACAGCUGCACUGUCACACUGGAUUUGGGCCUGGCUACAUCAAGAGGCCGGGGAAAGUGCAAGAAUCCCUCUUGUAGCUAUGUCUACACCAACCGGCACAAACCUCGGAUCUGCCCCAGCUGUGGUUUUAACCUUGCCAAAGACCGAACUGAGAAAACCACGAAGGCUAUUGAGGCAAGCUCACCACUCCCAGAUGUGCUGAAUGCCACAGAGCCCCUGAAUGUGGCCCAGAAGGAGAUCCAGCGUCAGUCCACGCUGCAGCUGCUGCGCAAAGUCUUGCAGAUUCCCGAGAACGAGUCAGAGCUGGCUGAGGUCUUCGCCUUGAUUCAUGAACUCAACAGCUCCCGACUUAUCCUGUCCAACGUGAGUGAGGAGACAGUCACCAUUCAGCAGACUUCUUGGUCGAAUUAUUAUGAAUCUCCAUCCACGCAGUGCCUUCUCUGUAGCAGCCCAUUAUUCAAAGGGGAACAAAGCUCCCUGGCUGGGCCUCAGGAGUGCUGGCUGCUGACAGCCAACCGGCUGCAGACAGUGACUGCACAGGUGAAGAUGUGUCUGAACCCCCACUGUCUGGCCCUGCACAGCUUCAUGGACAUCUAUACAGGUCUCUUUAAUGUGGGAAACAAGCUGCUAGUAAGCUUGGACUUGCUCUUUGCAAUCCGAAACCAGAUCAAGCUGGGAGAGGACCCCAGGGUGUCUGUCAGUGUUGUUCUGAAGUCAGUGCAGGAGCAGACAGAGAAGACUCUGACCUCAGAGGAGCUGAAUCAGCUGCAGGAGCUUCUGUGCAAUGGCUAUUGGGCUUUUGAGUGCCUCACUGUCCGAGAUUAUAAUGACAUGAUCUGUGGUAUCUGUGGUGUGGCCCCCAAAGUAGAAAUGGCUCAGAGGAGUGAAGAGAAUGUGCUGGCCCUGAAAAGUGUGGAGUUCACCUGGCCUGAAUUCUUGGGCUCUAGUGAGGUAAACGUGGAGGACUUUUGGGCCACAAUGGAGACAGAGGUGAUUGAGCAGGUGGCGUUUCCUGCCAGCAUCCCUAUCACCAAGUUCGAUGCCUCUGUUAUUGCGCCCUUCUUCCCACCACUCAUGAGAGGAGCUGUGGUCAUCAACACCGAGAAAGACAAAAACCUGGAUGCACAGCCGGUACCUGGCAAUGGCAGUGCCUUGGUGAGGCUGCUCCAGGAGGGCACCUGUAAACUUGAGGAGAUUGGCUCCUACAGUGAGGAGGGGCUACGGCACCUAUUGAAGCAGUGUGGCAUCCCCUUUGGGGCAGAAGACUCCAAGGACCAGCUCUGCUUCUCCUUAUUGUCUCUCUACGAGUCUGUACAGAAUGGAACCAGAGCUAGACAGCUCCCGCCUCAUUUCACAGGUGGUAAAAUCUACAAGAUGUGCCCCCAUCAGGUAGUCUGUGGGUCCAAGUACCUUGUGCGGGGUGAGAGUGCCCGAGACCAUGUGGAUCUACUUGCCUCUUCCCGCCAUUGGCCACCUGUCUAUGUGGUAGAUAUGGCCACUCCAGUGGCCCUGUGUGCUGACCUCUGCUACCCAGAGCUGACCAACCAGAUGUGGGGGAGGAACCAGGGCUGUUUCUCUAGCCCCACAGAGCCGCCUGUGAGCGUGUCCUGCCCAGAGCUCUUAGACCAGCAUUAUGCCGUGGACAUGACAGAAGCCGAGCACUCUGUCCAGCACCCCGUCACCAAGAUUGCCACAAGGCGCAUUGUCCAUGCAGGAGAGCCCAGUCCUGGUGACCCCAGCUCUGGGCACCACUCUCUGGCCCUGUGCCCUGAAUUGGCACCCUACACAGCCAUCCUGGCCUCCAUUGUGGAUAGCAAACCAAACAAUGUCCGCCAGCGACCCAUUGCCUUUGACAAUGCUACCCACUAUUACCUCUACAACCGCCUCAUGGACUUCCUCACCAGCCGUGAGAUUGUCAACCGGCAAAUCCACGACAUUGUGCAGAGCUGCCAGCCUGGUGAGGUGGUCAUUCGUGACAACCUCUACCGCCUUGGGGUUGCUCAGAUCAAGACAGAGACAGAGGAGGAGGGUGAGGAAGAAGAGGUGGCUGUGGUGACAGAAUAAGCCAGGCUAUUGUACAGUUACUAUACUGUCUCUCUCAAGCCAUAGUAAGGCCCUUACCUGAGGCACAGCUAUCCAGGGAUCUGCAGAAGUGGUUGCCUGUGGGGCCUCUGACUGCUGGGACUAACCAAAGAGCUUCCAUUUCCUGAGCAUGGUGGGGCCAUGGUUCUCAGCCCUCCAGGGAUCAGGAGUAAUACCAGGAAACUGCUUCCUGGCCCUGAGAGAGCACUUGAGGAACAUGGUAUAUUCAAAGAGGGAUGGGAGGCCAAGGGAAGGCAGUAGCUUCUCUGGGGCCUGCUGCAGGUCCGGGUGGAGUUCGGGCUAAGGCAGAAGCCCUGGUAUGGGGCAGGAAGGCGGCUAAGUUCUUCCACCCUAAGGAACCCUGGUUUCAGCCCCACAGCCUCAUGAAUUCCUUAGCCUGUUGCCUUUGACAGGGCCUUAUUGGCCUCAUUAGUUCUAGGGGUAUCUUUGGGCUCUUGAUUCUCCCCAAAGGAGGGAUGCAUUUCUCUCCUGCUCUUCUUGUACCCUUAUCUGGGGAAGUUGAGGAGGGAGGAACAGUCAGCCACAGCUCUCUUCCAGGACUGUCCUCUCUACCCUGAGCUUUGAGGAAGAGAAUCCCCUUCCUCCUUUCCCUGGCCACUGCUGCUUCACCCAACACCCUCUCUGGGCCCUGGGACCCUCUCCACAGAGGGAGCCCAUGGUCAUGACGUAAUCUGGCAGCAGUAAGAAAAACUCCCUUCUAUGAAGGGGAAGCAGACUGGGCCAUAGGGAAACAGCAGGACUGGCUCAAGUGCCCAGGGUUUGCUUAGGGCCUGGGAUUGGCCGUAUGUUACUUAAUUUAUUGAGAGGAGUGGAGUAGGUGGCUUUUUUUCUCCUCCCUCUUCCCCCAACAAAAACAAAGUUUAUUAAAUUA